AUGGUGAACCUGGAGUCUGUGCACGCAGAGAUCAAGAUGAGCGGUGAUGCGGCAGAUUCCACAGAUACUCGGCACGAACCCGACCAGGUGGAGCCAGGAAAUGAACAGAAUGGGCUGGACUUUAACAGGCAGAUUAAAACCGAAGACCUCAGUGACUCCUUGCAAUCUACAAUCCCCCCUAGGUCAGGUCACCUCGUGCAGGGAUCAUCAAUGAUGCCCGGAAGCCAAAUCGCCGGGGAUAUGAGCUCUCUUCACACCCUGCAGCAGCUUGUAUUGCUUCCUGGUCACAUGCAGUCGGUUCCCCAGUUUCUUCUGUCUCAGUCUCAGGCCGGGCAACAAGCUUUGCAGCCAAACCUCCUCUCCUUCCCUCAGCAACAGGGCAGCCUUCUCCUGUCCCAACCAGGACCCAGCCUGGCAUCACAGGCUGUGGGCCGUUCUGGACUCCCUGGCUCGUCGGUUGAACCCCACCUGGACGUACCCCAACAUUUGCAAGUGGCAAAGCACCUAACUCCAUCAGGAGCAUCUGAGGAACCCAGUGACCUGGAGGAGCUGGAAAAGUUUGCUAAGACUUUCAAACAAAGGCGAAUCAAAUUGGGGUUCACGCAGGGUGAUGUUGGACUUGCCAUGGGGAAGCUCUAUGGCAAUGAUUUCAGCCAGACCACCAUCUCCCGCUUCGAGGCUCUCAACCUGAGCUUUAAGAAUAUGUGCAAGCUCAAACCCCUGCUGGAAAAGUGGCUGAGUGAUGCAGAAUCUGCUCCUUUGGAUUCUUCCAUGAGCACUCCCAAUUCCUACCCCUCAGUGAAUGAGAUGUUUGGACGGAAAAGAAAGAAGCGAACCAGCAUUGAGACCAACAUUCGCUCCACGCUGGAGAAAAGAUUUCAAGAUAACCCCAAGCCCAGUUCAGAGGAGAUAUCCUUGAUAGCAGAGCAGCUCUCCAUGGAAAAGGAGGUGGUUCGGGUCUGGUUCUGCAACCGGCGCCAGAAGGAAAAACGGAUCAGUUGCCCGAUGCCAUCCCCCAUCAAAUCACCUAUCUACAAUUCCAGACUGGUCUCUACCUCAGGGUCCUUGGGGCCCCUCUCCGUCAAUCCCGUGCAUAGCACCAUGCCUGGGACUGUAACAUCAUCGUGUUCUCCAGGGAACUCUAGCAGGCCCUCGUCCCCCGGCAGUGCACUCCAUGCCAGCAGCCCCGGCACAGCCCAGAGCAACUCCAAAGCUGGGAUGAACUCUUCCGGUUUCAACUCUUCAGGAUCUUGGUACCGAUGGAAUCAACCUACCUACCUCCACUGA